AUGUCUGACUUAGGUAGAAGAGAUAUCGGUGACAAGGUUGAGAGCAAAGUUAAGCCUGAUUCCCAAAAAACCCUUUUUGAACAAGCUAAAGAUAAGGUUGCCAAUGCUGCUGAUAGUUUGGCUGGUAAGGGAACUUCUGAGCACGACAAGUCAAUUCCACAAAAGGCUUCCGACACUGUUUUUGGUGACAAGUAA